AUGAUAGAUGGAGAUGGAGGUCCACAUUGGAAAUUUGCCCAUUUUAGAUGUUUCGGAGACAAAGGGGAUAUAGAAGAUAUUACAGAAGCGGAUAUCAUUAGCACAGUCGAAUUUGAUCACACUGGAGAUUAUCUUGCAACAGGCGACAAAGGUGGCAGAGUUGUUUUAUUUGAAAGAAAUCGUACAAAAAAGAAUUGUGAAUACCGAUUUUAUACUGAAUUUCAAUCCCAUGAACCUGAAUUUGAUUAUCUAAAAUCAUUAGAAAUUGAGGAGAAAAUCAACAAAAUAAAAUGGUGUAAACGGCAAAAUGCCGCACAUUUUCUAUUAUCUACAAAUGACAAAACUAUAAAAUUAUGGAAAAUAUUCGAAAAAUCUCUUAAAGUUGUAGCAGAAAACAAUCUUUCUGAUGGUCUUCAUUCUUCUUCAUAUAUUACAUCGCCUGAAUUACUUAAAUUACCACGAAUGAGUCAUCAUGAUACAAUUAUUGCAUCAGUUCCAAAAAAAAUAUACUCAAAUGCGCAUGCUUAUCAUAUAAAUUCAAUUAGCAUAAGCUCUGAUGGGGAAACAUAUAUCAGUGCGGACGAUUUGAGGAUAAAUUUAUGGAACUUAAAUAUAGCAGAUCAAUCAUUUAAUAUUGUUGAUAUUAAACCGGUGAAUAUGGAAGAACUUACAGAAGUUAUUACUUCAGCUGAAUUUCAUCCUUUACAUUGUAAUCAAUUUAUGCUUAGUAGUAGUAAAGGUACAAUUAAGCUUGUUGAUAUGCGUCAAUCUGCUCUUUGUGACCAACAUGCUAAAAUCUUUGAGGAACAAGAAGAUCCUGCAUCAAAAUCUUUUUUUUCUGAAAUUAUUUCGUCAAUUUCUAAUGUUAGGUUUUCACAUGAUGGAAAAUACAUUCUUUCCAGAGACUACCUUACUCUUAAGAUCUGGGAUAUAGCAAUGGAAAAACAUCCUAUUAAAGUAAUAAAUAUGCAUGAUGGACUUAGAUCGAAAUUAUGCGACUUAUAUGAAAACGAUUGUAUUUUCGAUAAAUUUGAAUGCAUUUUCUCUGGAGAUGGAAAGAAUGUUUUAUCUGGAAGUUACAAUAACACUUUAAUGAUUUAUCCUACUGAUACAUCUGAUACAUGUUCUAAUAGAGAAAUUAUUUUACAAGCUGACAGAUCUGCUUUUAAAGCGAAAAAGGCUGGAGGAAAUAAAAAACUAUGUACAAAAGGAAUAUAUCCAGGCUUACGAGAAAACGGAGGAGUCGAUCUAAUUGAUGUUGAUAAGAUAGAUUUUAAUAAAAAGAUUUUACACUCUAGUUGGCAUCCAAAUGAAGAUUCUAUUGCUGUUGCAGCAACUAAUAAUGUAAGUUUUAUAUUUUUUUUACAAUUAACACAAUUAUAG